AAGAAAAAAAAGACUUUUAGUAAUAAUAGUAAAUAUGAUGAGAAAGAUUACGAAGAUUAUAAUGAAAAAGAUUGUGAAAAUUAUAAUGAAGAGUAUAAUGAAGAGUAUAAUGAGGAGUAUAAUGAGAAGUAUAAUGAAGAGUAUAAUGAGGAGCAUAAUGAGGAGUAUAAUGAGGAGUAUAAUGAGGAGUAUAAUGAGAAGUAUACUGAGGUAUACGAUGAGGAAGAUAAUAGAGAAGCUAGUGAGGAAAAUAGUGAAGAGGAAAGUAAUGAGGACAAUAAUGAGGAAUUUGAUAGUGAAUAUAUAAAUUUUG